AUGAGGGCAAUAAGUGGACUCACUAGGACCCAAAAGAAGCGAGCUCAAAGAAGAAAGUUGGAGGCUCAUAUGGAGGAGGGAAGGUCGCAUGAGCCGCCUCCAAAAAAGAAGCAAAUUAUUGGGCCGCUUCCAGAAAGAAAGCAGGCCAUGGAGCCGCUAAGGAAGCAAGCAAUGGAACCGCCUCUAAAACAGAAGCAGACCAUGGAGCAGCCUUUAAAAAAGAAGCAAGUUGUAGAGCCGCUCCAAGAAAGGAAGCAGGCCAUGGAGUCGCCAACGAAGCAGGCUGUAAAGCCGCUUCCAGAAAGAAAGCAGGCCAUGGAGACGCCAAGGAAGCAGGCCAUGGAGCUGCCAAGGAAACAGGCUGUGGAGCCGCUUUCAGAGAGAAAGCAGGCUGUGGAGCUGGUUUCAGAGAAAAAGCAGGCUGUGGAGCCGCUUCCAAAAAGAAAGAAAGUCAUGGAGCUGCCAAGGAAGCAAGUUGUAAAGCCGCUUUUAGAGAGAAAGCAGGCUGUGGAGUCACUUUCAGAGAACAAGCAGGCUUUGGAGCCGCUUCAAAAAAUAAAACAGGCUGUGGAACCACUAAGGAAGCAAGUUCUGGAGCCAUUUUCAGAAUGGAAGCAGGUUGUAGAGCCUCUUUCAGAGAGGAAGCAGGUUGUGGAGCCGCUUUCAGAAAGAAAGCAGGCUGUGGAGCCGCUAAAGAACCAGGCUAUGGAGUCCUUUCCUAAAAAGAAACAAGUAGAGGAGCCUCCGUAA